GAAAACACCGAUCCCCAGAAAACAGCGUUCCUCCUGCGCAAGCAGUGGACCUUGUACAGCGUGACCCCUCUGUACGGGUUCUCGGGCGCUCGCCUGAGGGACUACGCGAGGCUGCUGAGCGCCUCCAUCGCGGCCGAGAAGAAGAAGGGGCUGGCGGUGGAAAUCGGGGCUGAGCUGGACUUCAAAGUGGCCGUCUCCAGCCUUCCCGACCUGAAAGGCAGCGACCAGGACCAGGCUGCGAUCCUUGUGCAGCUUUCUUCAAGGUCAUCGGCUUCCAUGAACAACUCGGAUGAGAAACUGAUAUGGUCGGGCUGCCUCUGCUCUGUGUUCGGAGAGGAUCUGUCCAAGAACAUGCCAGAGAACUUCACUUGUUUCCCUCUGUUUCUUACUAAUGGGGCGGAGAGUUACACAUCCAUUGUGGGAAGUUGGUUUCAGAAGACUUUCGACUGCAAUUUCCGCCGUUUAGCCAUCAGCCCUCUCAAUCUCAGUUGGAUGGCAGCUAUGUGGAGCGGAUGCAAAGUGGAUAAAACCACAUCUGCCACAGAACUAGUUUUCUCUGUCCCCAAUCUGCCCCACCCCCUGGAUAUUUCAUAUGCCAUUCAUGCAGAGGAUGCAAAAGCUUUGUGGGACACGGUCCAAAAAACUCCAGGAGAGAUCACUCAAGAGGAGGUGGAUAUCUUUAUGGACUGCCUUUACUCACACUUCCACAGACACUUCAAGAUCCACUUGUCAGCUACAAAACUGGUCAAAGUUUCUACAGCAAUUGCCUCAGCACACUGUGAUGGGAUUAUAAAGAUUCUACAAAGCCAAAACCUAACAGGAGUGCUGAUGCUACUGACAGAACUAGCAAUCUCUCAGAUACAGUGA